CGCAGCCUUGCCAAGGCAUGACAGUCCAAAAGUAGGUCUCAGUGUUUCACUGCUAUCUGCACCGCCACCGCAGUCACGUAACGUAGGAACGUUAUGAUCGCAAGUAUUGUCCUUGGUCGACUAAAUGGCCGAUUGGGGACGACUUAUCAGCAGCUGGUGAAUCAGCAGGCGCGCAUUAUCCAACGCAGCAAAGCCUCCGCCGCCGCUUCGCCCGAAGUGGUUUUGAAAAAUGGCGCCAACGCCUCCAAGGCGGUGGAAGAUGCGGAAUGGAAUAACGCAAAAUCCUUUGAUGAGAUGCCCGGACUACGGUCGGUCCCAAUUUUGGGAACUAGCUGGGCCAUGCUCCCAGUUGUAGGUGCUGGGAUACCGAUUACCCGCAUAUUGGAAUUGCAUAAACUGCAAUUCGAAAAGCACGGUUACAUCUGGAGAGACAUCAUACCAGGAGCACCUCCUAUAGUUUCGACCACAAGACCAGAGGACGCUGAAAAGGUGUUUCGUACAGAAGGGAAAUUUCCAGAGCGCCCGGGGUUCGAAACAUUGAAAGCUUAUCGUGAAAAACGCAUUGAGCAAUUUAAUUCGGCCGGUAUUUUGGCAGGCAACGGAGAAUCAUGGUGGAAUGUACGUUCCAAAGCCCAACAACCUUUUCUCAAAACGAAAAACGUCAACAAUUACAUUCCUGUAUUGGGACAAAUCGCGCAAGAGUUCAUCGACAGAAUUCGCUUGAUCCGACAGGAAAAUAACGAGAUGAAACCUGACUUUGUCAAUGAAAUGUACCGGUGGGCUUUAGAAUCUGUAGGAGUUGUUGGCUUAAAUACUAGGCUGGGGUGCUUAGAUCCUAAUCUAGCUCCAGAUUCAGAAGCUCAAAAAAUGAUCAGCGCUGCAAAUUUAUCAUUUGCUGCCGUUAAUGAGCUCGAGUAUGGUCUCCCCCUGUGGAAGUACUUCUCCACACCAAAGCUGCGCAGCCUUUACGAAGCCCAAGACUUUUUCACAGACACGGCUCUAAAGUAUGUCCAGCAAACCCUAGAGGUAAUGAAAAAUCGGCCAGCUGAUUCUGACGAAGAUCCAAGCAUUCUAGAGGAAUUCUUCAUUCGAGGAAUGUCUCUCAAAGACGCUACUGGUAUGGUAAUCGACAUGUUGAUGGCGGGAAUUGACACUACGUCACACACAACAUCUUUCCUCCUAUAUUUCUUGGCGAGGAAUCCAGAAAAACAAGAAAAGUUGCGAAAAGAAAUACUUUCGGUCCUGGGACCUAAAGGUACACAGGUGAUUACUCCCAGUGAUUUAAACGAACUUCACUACCUAAAGGCCUGCAUCAAGGAGAGUCUGCGAAUGAGGCCUGCUGCCGUCGGGAACGCCCGCAUCAUAGACAAGGAACUCGUUCUUUCCGGCUAUCGUGUUCCAAAAGGAACUCUGGUGGUGUUCCUACAUCAGUUGAUGGCAGAAAUGGAUGAGUAUUUUCCAAAUGCUCAAGAAUUUAAACCAGAACGUUGGAUCAAGGGAGAUCCAGAAGAGAGCCAUCACCACAAGUACGUGGUACUUCCGUUCGGUUUCGGAACGCGGAUGUGUAUAGGUCGACGACUAGCCGAACUCGAAAUGUGGCAACUAACGACUAAAAUUCUACAAAAUUUUAAAGUCGAAUAUCAUUACGAAGAUAUUGGAUGCCUCUCGAGGAUAGUCAACGCACCUGACCAGCCACUGCGAUUCAAAUUCAUUGACUUGAACUAAUUUGAGGUUUUUUUUCAUAAAAAUUUAUUUGCGGUUUUCUGUAUAAUCCAAAAAGUGCAAAUUUGUAUUCGUGAUAAUGUUCGAGCAAAAUAUAAACACAUGAAAUUUGAAA